AUGGAGAAAACCACGGUGCUGAUCACCGGCUGCUCCUCGGGCAUCGGCCUGGGGCUGGCUGCGCACCUGGCGGCCGACGCCGCUCACAGGUUCAAAGUGUACGCUACCAUGCGUGACCUGGCCAAGGGCGAGCGGCUGCUGGAGCGCCUAGGGGGCUGCUGCCCCGACACACUGGAGGUCCUGCAGCUCGACGUCACCGACCCGUGCUCACUGGCAGCUGCUGUGCAGCAAGUGCAGGGGCAGCGGCUGGAUGUGCUGGUCUGCAACGCAGGGGUGGGACUGAUGGGCCCCCUAGAGACCUGCUCUGACCAAGCCAUGAAGACCGUCUUUGAUGUGAACCUCUUCGGGGCCAUCCGCACCAUCCAGGCAUUCCUGCCCGCCAUGAAGCGCCGCAGGGCUGGGCGGAUCAUCGUCUCCAGCAGUAUCGGGGGUCUGCAAGGGCUGCCCUUCAAUUCCGUGUACUGCGCCAGCAAGUUUGCGGUGGAGGGGCUGUGCGAGAGCCUGGCCAUCGUCCUGCAGCCCUUCAACAUCCACCUGACACUGGUGGAGUGCGGACCUGUCAACACCAGCUUCCUGGCCAACCUGCAGCGCCCAGACCCCGAGGGCAGCGAGCUGCAGGGCCUGGACACCGAGACGCGGGGCCUUUACCGCCGGUACCUGCAGCACUGCCAGAGCCUCUUCCGUGACGCGGCCCAGGAGGUGGAGGCGGUCCUGCAGGUGUUUCUGGAAGCCAUCGGCACCCCCUGCCCUCCCCUGCGCUGCGUCACCACCCAGCUCUUCGCCCCGCUCUUGCGCCUGAGGCUGGCCAGCCCCAACAGCUCCGCGUACGUCCAGGCCAUGCACGAUUUUGUGUUCGGCCACGGCGAGGCCGGCGGGGACCAGCCCUGA